CAGGGACAGACAGCAGCCUGCUGAGCGAUCUGUGAAAACUCUUAAGAUGUCCAUGCCAGCCUUCUCCUUUCUUCUCCUAUAUUUCUUGAUCAACGUCUUCUCCACUGCUCAUGGCUACCAGCUGCCACAUUGUGAACCUGUUAAUGAGACCGUUUCUGUAGAGAAAGAUGGCUGCCCCAAAUGCCUUGUGUUUCAAACCUCCAUCUGCAGUGGACACUGCUUCACCAAGGAACCCGUGUACAAGAGCCCGUUCUCUUCCAUCUAUCAGCAUGUGUGCACCUACAGAGAUGUCCGCUAUGAAACGGUUCGCCUGCCGGAUUGUCGACCGGGUGUGGAUCCCCACAUCACAUAUCCUGUCGCGUUAAGCUGCGAGUGCAGCCUGUGCACCAUGGACACCUCGGACUGUACCAUCGAGAGCCUGAAACCAGAUUUCUGUAUGACCCAGAGAGAGUUUAUCCUGGACUACUGAACUUCAGAGUCAGACCUUGUUGUGUGAACUACUUGCAAAAUACAAUAUGAAUUAAGAAUUAUUUGUUUGACGAAGAAUUUUCAUUUUUUCUUUU